UGAAACAUUUCUUUUUGUUAAAUGUAACUUGUGUUAUAAAAACUUUAGAUUAAAAUCAAAAAGAUAUAAUUGUAUAAAAUGGAAUUGAUAGAGUGAUAUAUAAUGGAAACCUGAAAUGACUAUGUUCAUAGAAAGAUUUUUUGUUGCUACACCAGGUAAAAUGUAGUUGUCAUUUAAAUUAGAGGAAACAUUUGGAAUAUUUAAAAAAAGAAAACAAGCAACAAUGGAAGCGGAUAGAAGAUCAAGGCCACCACGAUUAGAUUUCUUGACGAUGGAUCUUACAUCACCGAGUCCAACGCUGUCAUCAAGCUCUGGAUCCAGUCAAAAACCAAAUUUCAAAUCCGAUGAUGUCGUUUCUAAUUUUGGUUCUCUUACAACGGACAGCUUUAAUCUUCGCUUCAGGAAUGAAUGGCAGGGAUCCCGUUCUUCGUCACCUGUAGAAACUUUUCAGUGCCCAGUAUGUCUGGACCAUAUGAUGACGCCGAAAACAUUACCGUGCCUUCAUAAUGUAUGUAAGAAAUGUCUCCAACAACACAUCAACGACUUCGUUCGGGAUGACAUUAAAGCCGAUAUCACUCCUACCUCAUUUCCAUGUCCGGUUUGUAAAAGAAAAACACUACCACCUGAAAAUAACGUCGGCUUUGAAAAAUGGGCGUCUCUGUUCCCGACAAACCAUUUUUUGCAUGCAUAUAGCACGAUUCUUGCUGUUCAGAGAGAGGAGGUAGAUUGCGACCCAUGCGCGAGACGCGGUGAGAAUACACUCGCCACGUGGUGGUGUAGAGAAUGUAGCGAAUACCACUGUAACGUGUGCAAAACGGUACACGCUGGAUUUAAAAUAUUCAAAAAUCAUGAUGUUAUAGCUGUAAAAGAGAUUGCACGGAAUCCGGAAAUGGCAGUCCCGAACUUCGAGCCAUGUGCAGAGCACAACGAGAAAGUGACACAUUUUUGCAAUGACCACAGAGUAUCAUGUUGCGGAAAAUGCAUGGUCACAACACACCGGAAAUGUUUGCAAACAGCAACAGUGAAAGAACAAUUUGCGACUUUAAAGGGGAAAAAAGGACUGCCACAUCUUAUCGGAGUUUUAGCUGACUUUGAAGACUCUGCAAACGCAUUAAUAGAGAGCAGGAGAAUGAUAAUAGAAGAUUUAGAAUCAAGGCGUCAGUCUAUCAUUGACAAAGUUAAAACCAUUCGAGAAGGGUUCGAAGAAGAUCUUCGAAAACUUGAAGCAAAACUACUUGAGGAUUUCGAUAAAUUCCACAAUGCUGAAAUGGAACAACUACGGACAUUGACUGAAGAAUGCGAAAACUUAGGAAAACAAAUAACUAACGCCUUUAAAUUAGUGGAGACAGUCAAACAUGCUGGGAGCGAAUCACAUAUGAUAAGUCUGAUAGAUAAAGUGUCUAGUGAGUGUCACAUUUACGAAAGAGCCUUGCGUGAGAAUAAAUCCAAAUUGCAGCACGUGGACUACGACUUCCAUGUUGACCAUGUCAUAGAAAAUGUUCUUAAGAAUGCAAAACACUUUGGGAAUAUAAAUAUUAAACGGACAAAGCAAAAGGCGCAAUUGAUGAUCGAUGAAAAUCAGUUUUCAGAUAGGAAGUCUGUUAAAGAAGUGAAAAGAUUGCGAGUGUGGAUCGCGGGGGAUAGAGGGCGCUGUGGAAUAGUUGGCGGCGUUUACUUAAAUGAUGGAAAAUUAUUAUUAGCAGACUGUGACAAUUUCAAGAUGAAAUUGUUUACAGAAAAUGGAAGAAUUCUUCAUAAUCUCGUUUUGAAGAGUAAACCGAGUGACUUUGCCAUGAUCGAUGAACAGACGUUUGCAGUAACAUUUCCAAGCGCCUCAGGGUUACAGUUCCUCCACUUAAAAGGAAACACAAUCCGAGAAGGCAAUUAUGUAAGUACCAAUAGGAUCAAUCACAGUUUGUCGUAUUCUGAUAACUGCCUGUAUCUUUUGUCUAACUCUGGGAUUGCCGUUUGUGACAAAGAAGCAAGGGAGACAAGUUUCUUAAAGUUUAAAGAACACGGAGUACCUGCUUCUAAUGCUCCGUGCUACAUAAAAGCUUGUUCAAGUGGUCUUGUCGUGACUGACCCAGAUAAGCACAAGGUAGAACUAUUCUCCCUAGAUGGCCGUCUGCUCCAGUCUUACACUUCCUCAGACUUGAAGCAACCUACCGGAAUCGACAUCGACGCCGACGGUAACAUUUUUGUUUGCUGCAAGCAUUCAUCGAAUAUACACCAAUUCAACGAAGACGGACAGAGAGUAAAAAUCAUUCUGACAGAGAAGGAUGGAGUUGAAAAUCCGAUGGCAAUUCGUUUUCAGAAAUUUACAAACAAGUUCUUCGUCUCAGAAGCCAAGAUUUCUAGCCGGGAUUAUAUACGUAUAUUUGAAUGGAUUUAGAUAAAUGAACAAAUUAGUUUAAAAAUCAAGAAAUAAAGUAGUCGAAGCUAGAGGGACGGUGAUUGUCAUAAUGACAUAGAUAUUUGUUGAAUUUGUGUACAUGUACUGGAUUUGCCCAGCUUGAAUUUUGAACAGCCCAUUCAAAGUUUAAGGGAUUAUAAUGUUAUAAAACUGCACAUUAAAAUGCUCUACAAACAGUAUAUAUGGAGCCAGGCCAGACUGCGAGAAUUGUCUAGCUCUGUUUUCGUAACAAAGGCCAAUCACUUACUCUUAGUGUUGUUUCAACAAGCCAUAAGUGAAUUCAAGAGAACUGCUUGUAGAAUUUUUCUUUUUGUAAAUAAAAUACUAGUUUAUAUAAGAGCAUAGCUAGUAGGUCUAGUAUAAUGCGCAUAGUAAAACGUGUAAUGCUCUAUGAUAAUUUUGUUAAAUUAUGAAAAUAUCAAUUCCGUUAGUCACGGUAUGAAAUUGUAUAUUAUAUUAUAAGUUUGCUGUUAAUAAAUAUUAAUGUAUAGAUUAACUAUGUAAAACAACAUGUAUAUGAUAAACUGAAAUGAUGAUGUUUGCAUUGACACGCAUUCCUUUAAAGAACACCAUUCAAGUACUUCCAAUACAAUUUAAAAUAUCUAUAAAUACAUGCAUACAAUUUCAUGAAAGGGGAGAUUUAAAGCUAUUGAAACAAGAAUAGAAAAUGAAAGAUGAGACUGCAUCUGUUUAUGAGAGAUAAAGUAUAUUAUAUAAGGUUUGUGAAUAACAGAAAUAGAUUUUUCAGAUUUUUACUAUGACAAUAUAUAGUACAUAAUUAUGUAAAAGUACACACUUUUUAGUCACAUGAUGCACUUGAAUUAACAGUAAUAAUAACUCCAAUUGGCCUAUGGGGAAAUUAACAUUACAAAAAUAGUUAGGGAUGCAACAUUUAAUCGGCUUACAAUAUAUCAAUAACCUCAAAAAAUUUAACACAUCACUAAUGAAAUUAGGACAUUUCACAUCAUUAUCUUAUGCGAUAUAAAGUACUGUACUUAAAAAAGAAAGCUAUGGUAUGAUGUUAUGGUAAUGGUGAUUAAUUAUUUGCUAAGGAUACUGAUAGGUGCAGGCUUUUUGUUUGUGUUGUACCCUGUCCCGGUUUUGGUUCGGUGCCUUCUGGGUGCCCUGCUGUUGUGACUGUAAUGUGUCGGGGCUGCAUUCUGUGAACUUCGCCUUUGCCUUGUUGAUCUUGAUCUCAUUUUUUAAGUUUUUUUACGUAAUGAUUAUUUUAGCUAUAGGUAUAUACCAAACACCAAAACAGUGGGCGUUCCCCUUCGUGUAAAAUUAGAUGUUGCAUAAGUAUAAGUCUAGGAGGGUUGAACCGCCUAGGCUUAAUGUACAUAGAGACUAUACGAAUAUGCAAAUUGGCACGUUUAAAUGUAUGCAUAACA